UUAUCCGGGAACUACGCUUUGAAAACAAGUUCUGAGAAGAACAUACUUAGACGAUACUGUUGCCGCACAGACGUUAUUACCUAGAGCUUCCAGAUCACUGAGUCUGUCUAUCCUAAAUACAAGUUGAGGUAGCCGGCAAAUCAUCAGAAUCUAUAAACACGAGAACAAUUCACGUACCUUACCACGUAAACGUACGGUGUGACAGCAGAACAAUACGAAAGUGGCGUCUGAUUGAUAGUAAUUUGUACCAGUCGGUUGACGCGUCACCGAUCAUUGGGCACCACAUUGUUCGCUUGCGCUUCACAGACGAACAGAUUCGAUGACACAUAGAGCGGAAACGGAAUUAGAUAGCGCGCUCCUUUUCCGUGCUUGCUUUGCCGUGGAUCGCGCGUACGUUAGAGAUUCAGAGUUUGAUGAUUUCAGAUCUAGAGACAAUCUCAAAAAUGAUUCUAAGAUAUCCGUGACUUUCAGUGCUGAUCGUAGGCGUUCAGAGACAGAAAGAGAUUGUGGUAGUGGAAUUCUUCGAGGAGACGAAUUCAUUGGGCAGCUUGUGGACUCUACAAGGUUUUAUACGUAUGAUCCGUUUCUACCCACAUCCAGUGUUGGUAUCGAGUGGGAUAGGAGCUGGAUACGAAGACAGUUCAUUGACAGCCUUCAUCUUUACUCUCUGUCAUAUUCACAGACCACAGAUGAGAGAAACUGUGAAGUUCAAUCUGACUCUUUUAGUUCAGAAGAAGAGUUGGCGGCUUUUCAGGCAAAGAUGGCUAGGAUGCAGGCUAUGCUUGAAAAUGAACUGGAUGAAUUGCAUGAACAGGAGAUAAAAUUAGUUACUGAUAGAAUUGUGGAGGAUGUUCAAGUGAGUAAAAAGAUGACGGAAAUGGAGAAGGCACUUGAGAAUGAGAAGAGAGAGCUCGAAGAACAAGAACGAAUUAUUGAAAUAGAACACGAGAUGAAUCUCAAAUAUCCAGACCCAGAGGUGGUUAGACCAAGCAAAGAAGCUGGUGACGAUUCAUUUACAAGAGCAAUGAAGAGAGUUGGUGGUUUGCUCUACCAGACUGAAGAUAUGACACCACAACUAUUGACUUAUCACGGACUUCCACCACCAUUAUCAGUUUCCAAGUUAAUGUCAGUCGCUACCUCAAACCCAUAAUACAAGACACAAGAUAUAUUGUUCUAAUACAUUGUGAAACCAUAGAAGGUUAUAUUUUCUCUUAGUCGAUCAUCUUUGGUGUAAUAUAUGGUAAAUGGCAGCUAAUUCGAUUAUGCCAUGCAGAGAGUGCAUGUAUGAGCAGAGUGGUUGGACACUGGCAGUCUUUGAAAUGAAUGAAUGAAUAAUUUAUUGUCAACAAAAUUUGAAAUAUCUUUAAUAUCAAUAAGCAGACGAAAGGAAAACGAA